AUGGACCGAAUAUUUUUUAAAGUUAACGAUUUAAAAUGCUCUGUGGGCCAUGAAGUGGACUCAGACGUGUCCCUGAACGACUACUUGCGCGAGACGCUGAACCUGCGCGGCACCAAGUACAUGUGCAAGGAGGGGGGCUGCGGCGCCUGCAUUGUCAAUGUGCGCGCUAGGGACCACUCGGGCCAUCUGCGCUCCUUCUCCGUCAACUCUUGUCUGGUGUCUAUAACUUCCUGUGAGGACUGGGAGAUCACGACCAUAGAAGGUAUCGGCGACCGCGGUCGAGGCUACCACCCUGUCCAGAAGACCUUGGCUGAACAUGACGGCUCCCAGUGCGGGUACUGCUCGCCCGGGUGGGUCAUGAGCAUGUACAGUUUGCUUGAAUCAACAAAUUAUGAUCUAACGGAACAUGAAAUAGAAAAUUCAUUAGGCAGCAACACAUGCCGAUGCACUGGAUACAGGCCAAUUCUUGAUGCAUUCAAAACAUUCGCAAAAGAUUCGCCAAAACCAAAAAUACCUGAUAUUGAAGACCUGAAACUCUGUAAAGACAAGAAAAGCUGCAGCGGAUCCUGCGAUAAGACGUGGUGUUUGAUCAAGAAGGAAGAUGUUGAUGAUACCAUCAAAAAGAUACACUUGAAAGAUGAUCGCACUUGGUACAGAGUUCAUCGAGUUGAACAAAUUUUUCAGGUGCUAAAAAUGGAAGGUGUUGAUUCUUACAUGCUUGUUAAUGGAAAUACUGGAAGAGGGGCUGUGCCUAUUUUCUCCUUCCCAAGAGUUCUUAUUGAUAUAAGUCCAAUACAAGAAAUAAAAGGGUACUACGUCGACCAAAACUUAUGCAUCGGUGCUGGUACUACGUUGACUGACCUAAUGGAACUGUUUGGGAAAAUCUCUAAGGAGAAUGAAGACUUUGCUUACUUGGAAAAGCUUUGUGAGCACCUUGACUUGGUUGCUCAUAUACCCGUCAGAAACAUUGGAAGCAUUGCUGGUAACUUGAUGGUGAAACACAGGAAAAAUACUUUUUCAUCAGAUAUUUUUUUAUUACUAGAAACAAUAGGCGCAGUUGUAUCUAUAGUUGAUGAGCAUAAUACUCAAGUGGUAAAAAUAGUUGAUUUCUUAUCACUAGAUAUGACUGGGAAAGUAAUCAAUCAAGUAAAAAUACCUCCUUAUGGACCAAACCAUGAAUUUGUUUCAUUCAAGAUAAUGCCUCGUGCUCAAAAUGCUCAUGCGCAAGUGAACGCCGCAUUCCUGUACGAAUUUGACAAACACGACAAAGACAUGGUUCUUUCUGCGAGGAUAGUUAUUGGAGGUUUGUCUGGAAAAUUUGUUCACGCAACGAAAACCGAGGAGUUUCUGGCAAAGAAGAAAAUAUUUACUAACGAUGUACUACAAGAAGCCCUUAAGGUGUUAGAUGACGAACUUAUUGUUGAAGAGAUUGCUGGUGAAAUGAAGGCUGCGUAUAGAAGAAAGUGCGCAUUAGGACUUUUUUAUAAGGGUCUGUUGAAUCUUAUCCCACAAUCUCAGUUAAGACCUUGGUAUCGUUCCGGUGCAAGAGAUUUUCGGAAAACUAGACCAUUAUCAAAGGGGUCGCAGGUUUAUGAUACGAAUCCGAUAGUGUGGCCGGACACGGAGCCUAUACCGAAACGAGAGGCUUUGAUACAAUGUGCAGGAGAAAUCAAAUACGUGAAUGACCUGGUGACACAACCGAAAGAAGUGUUCUGUGCUUUUGUCACUUCUGACAUUUGCACAGGUGAGCUAGAGAGCAUCGACCCUACAGCAGCAUUGAAAAUACCCGGCGUCGUAGCAUUCUUCUCUGCAAAAGAUAUCCCCGGAAGCAAUAAUUUCUUAUCACCGAAAGUGACAGCCCAAAUUAUACCAGAAAUAAUUUUCGUCGAAAAGGAAAUAUCAUACUAUGAUCAACCGAUAGGCGUUAUAGUAGCGGAAACAGAAAAGUUAGCAAACAGAGCAGCCUUACUUGUACAGGUUAAAUACAAAGUUGAUAAAAGAAAGCCAAUAUUAACAAUAAAAGAUUUACAAGAACGUGAUCCUAGUCGUAUUCAACUAUAUCAAGUGGUUCCUGCAAGAGAUCGAGGUCUAAACGUGCAAAAGGUUAUUAAAGGUUCUCACAGUAUUUAUCACCAAUAUCAUUUCACCAUGGAAACGUUGUCCUGUGUGACCAGACCCAAUGACGAUGGACUGGACGUGUACUCCGCGACGCAGUGGUUGGACUCCGUGCAUGUCGCUGUGUCUGAAGUAUUGAAUGUGGAACAAAACAGGAUAAAUUUGGUAGUGCCCCGUUGUGGAGGUGCCUACGGUAUUAAAAUUUCGCGACCUAAUUAUGUGUCAACUGUAUGUGCUAUGGUCACUCAUUUGACCAACAGACCAUGUCGGUUUGUGAUGUCCAUACAGGCCAACAUGAGGUGUAUUGGGAAAAGACUUCCUUGUACAGCGGAUUAUGAAAUUGGUGUGAACGAUUCGGGCGAAAUACAAUAUCUAGAAGUCCAUGUAUAUGACGAUAAUGGUUUUGUACUUGGAUCAGAUACAUCAAUCAUCUUCGUUGCGACGUCCCUAAAGAGCUGUUAUGACAAUCUAAGAUGGCAAUCCAAACUGUUUAACUCAUUUACCGAUACUGCAUCUAAUGCAUUUGCCAGGGCGCCAGGUUCCUUGGAAGGAAUUUCAAUAACUGAACAUAUAUUGGAAAGAAUAUCCUAUGAAAUAGGUCGGGAUCCAGUCGAGGUUCGUCUAAACAAUUUCAACAGAACUAUGACUGAUACUAUGGACGUUGUGCAGCAAGUUCUGAGAGACAGCGAGUACUACAAACGCAGGGAGGAAGUUAAUAGCUUUAACAAGUCCCACCGGUGGAAGAAACGAGGUCUACGAGUAGCCUUCAUGAGCUACCCAAUUACUCUUAUUGUCGACUACCAUGUCAUACUAUCCGUUUACCAAGGCGAUGGUACAGUGGAUGUUAAAACAGGUGUUAUUGAAAUAGGACAGGGCUCAAAUACUAUGGUUGCGCAGGUUGUAGCAUAUACCUUAAAUAUUUCUUUAGAUAAAGUCAGAAUAAAACAGCCCGACACUUUUUCUAUUCCAAAUAGCUAUACUGUUGGAGGUACCAGAUCCACUCAAGCAGCUUGCUUUGGUGCCAUCAAAUGUUGCCAGAUACUCUUAGAUCGCCUCGCCAUUGUAAGAGAGGCUCUCAACGAUCCAUCUUGGGAACUCUUAAUAAGGACUGCUUACCAGCGAGGUAUCAACCUGCAAACAAGCUAUCGAGUCACAAACAAUGAUCAGCAGUUUUAUAGAGUAUCCGGUGCAGCAGUCACUGAAGUUGAAUUGGACAUAUUGACCGGAGAACAUGAAGUUUUAAGAGUUGAUAUAGUAGAAGACGUUGGAACGGGUAUUAAUCCUAAACUUGAUGUUGGGCAGGUCGAGGGCGCAUUCAUAAUGGGUCUUGGUUAUUGGACUCAUGAGGAAAUAAUAUAUGAUGAUAAGACUGGUGAGAUCCUGACGGAUCGGACGUGGUACUACCACGUACCGCUUGCCAAAGAUAUACCGAUUGAUUUCAGAGUGUCUCUGCGCAGGAAUUCUUACAACCCUCUCGGAGUUCUUGGCAGCAAAGGUGCCACAGAGCCGCCUAUCUGCUUAGCUGUCUCCGUGGCCUUCGCACUGAGAGAGGCCAUAGCUGCGUCUCGAGAGGACUCCGGCAUUCCUAGGACUCAGUGGUUUGAAGCAGAUGGUCCGUUUACCAUAGCACAGAAUGUAUUAAAAUCGGAAGUUCGUCUCAGAGAAUUCUUAUUUCAAUAA